CAUUUCCACUAACCCAUUCACUUUCACUAUUUUCUUUCACUCUGUCUCUCUCUCACUUUUUCUUCUCAAAAAAUGGGUAGCCUUGACGUUGCUGAAAGAACAACAGUUGGAUUGGCUGCAACUGACCCUUCCGGAAUUCUAACUCCCUAUACUUACACUCUUAGAAACACAGGACCAGAUGAUGUUUACAUCAAAAUUCAUUACUGUGGAGUUUGCCAUUCUGAUCUUCACCAAAUCAAAAAUGAUCUUGGCAUGUCCAAUUAUCCCAUGGUUCCCGGGCAUGAAGUGGUUGGUGAGGUACUAGAGGUGGGUUCAAAUGUUAGCAGAUUCAGUGUAGGAGAAAUUGUGGGAGUUGGACUUCUUGUUGGUUGUUGCAAAAACUGCAGGGCUUGUGAUUCCGAUAUUGAACAAUAUUGUAACAAGAAGAUCUGGUCUUACAAUGAUGUGUAUACAGACGGAAAAAUCACUCAGGGUGGUUUCGCCGAAACAACCGUGGUUGAACAGAAGUUUGUUGUGAAAAUUCCAGAGGGAUUGGCACCAGAGCAAGCUGCACCAUUGUUAUGUGCUGGUGUGACAGUGUACAGUCCACUUGCACAUUUUGGGCUGAAACAAAGUGGGCUAAGAGGUGGAAUAUUGGGCCUGGGAGGUGUAGGACACAUGGGGGUGAAAGUAGCAAAAGCAUUGGGUCACCAUGUUACUGUGAUAAGCUCUUCUGAUAAGAAGAAGAAAGAAGCAAUUGAGGAUCUUGGAGCUGACAAUUAUGUUGUUAGCUCAGACACCCCUGCCAUGCAAGAAAUUGCUGAUUCACUUGACUAUAUUAUUGAUACUGUUCCUGUUGGUCACCCUCUUGAGCCUUAUCUUGCUUUGCUUAAAGUUGAUGGAAAAUUGAUCUUGAUGGGUGUUAUUAAUACCCCUCUUCAAUUUGUUACACCUAUGGUCAUGCUAGGGAGGAAGACAAUUACUGGAAGCUUUGUUGGAAGUGUGAAGGAGACAGAGGAGAUGUUGGAGUUUUGGAAAGAGAAGGGUUUAACCUCCAUGAUUGAAAUUGUGACAAUGGAUUACAUAAACAAAGCUUUUGAAAGAUUGGAGAAGAAUGAUGUGAGGUAUAGGUUUGUUGUGGAUGUGAAAGGAAGUAAACUUGAGCAGUGAAAAGUAUACUACAAAACAAAACACUUACAAUUGAAUAAUGUGAAGAGUUUGAAAGUUGAUUAAUUUAAGCAAUUAAUUUUGUGUUGUGUUUGUAAAAUUGAGGAUUGCUUUGUUAUUCUAUGAUAUGAUUUUGUAACAUUAAUUCAGUGAUGUUAUGUCAUUGUCAAAUGUUAUUGAAAACAAAAGAUACCGAAUUUUGUUA